AGUGGGCCCUUUGAUCUCUGCUCCUCACAGUUGGGAUCGUUCGUCACUGGUUUCUCUUUCUCCCCUCGAUGGAAGCCCUCGCGAGCUCGAGCUUUGCCACCAGGCUUGCAGAGCCAUUACCAUCGCACCGGUCCCAUUUUCUAUCUCUCUGCAAAUUGCCUUCUCUCCGGUUGGGAAUCUCGAGAAACCAUCCAAUUUUUGUCUUGACACUCUCCAGUCGCCGUUGUCGCUGCCGCGCGCUCAUCAAUGACGUUUCUGACGGCGGGGAGGGCGCAGAAGCAGCGCCUGGGAAUGGUUCUAGUUUCCCGCUAUUCGAGGUUGGUAGCGACCACACAGUUGCAGCUGGAAAGGAAGGGAUUAUACCACCUCUUGGCGCAAAUGGCCCAACUGGAUCUAAGGCUGGGCUGUUCAGGACACCAAUUUCAGGUGGUGUGCACAGUGCAACAUCUGCUCAUGACUUGCCUCCACCAGCCUUAGCUGUUCGUAACCUGAUGGAACAGGCCAGAUUUGCUCAUCUAUGUACUGUCAUGUCGCGGAUGCAUCAUCGUCGCGCAGGGUAUCCAUUUGGUUCUUUAGUUGAUUUUGCAGCUGAUUCAGCAGGCCAUCCGAUAUUUUCACUGUCACCAUUGGCCAUCCACACAAGGAACUUAUUGGCGGAUUCAAGAUGCACACUUGUUGUGCAAAUUCCCGGGUGGAGUGGAUUAUCAAAUGCUCGUGUGACAAUAUUUGGUGAUGUUUUCCCACUUCCUGUGGACAAACAGGAAUGGGCCCGCCAGCAAUUCGUUGCAAAACACCAACAGUGGGCAUCCCAACAAUGGGGAAACUUUUACUAUUACAGGAUGAAUACCGUAAGCGAUGUAUAUUUUAUUGGAGGAUUUGGCACUGUCCAAUGGAUCGAUGUCAAAGAAUAUGAAGGCCUUCAACCUGACAAGAUUGCUGCUGAUGGUGGAGAACAAAACUUAAAAGAACUUAAUGCAAUCUUCUCGAAGCCUCUUAGAGAAAUCUUAUCCGCUGAAGGUGAGAUAGAUGAUGCAGCUCUCAUAUCAGUAGACAGCAAGGGUACAGAUAUUCGGGUUCGACAGGGUGCUCAGUUUAACAUUCAGAGGUUGUCAUUUGAAGUGGAGCAUGGUGUUGGGACUUUGGAGGAGGCGAAGAAAGCUCUUCAGAAAAUAAUCAACAGAGGAUGUAAGCAAAGUCAAAAUUACAGAAGUUGAUCUGAACAACUCAACUCUGCUAUCACUGUAAAAAAAAAAAAAAAAAA